AUGGAUCUCUUGGGCCCUUAUACCGCCGCCCCCUGGGGAAGGUGUUAUGUUAUUGUUGUUGUUGAUUACUUCACCAAAUGGGUGGAAGCAGAGGCAUUAAAGAACAUCAAGACUUACGAUUUGAAAGAAUUCAUCUGGAGAAAUAUUAUCACUCGGUUCGGCGUGCCGCAAUCAAUUUUCUUUGACAACGGACCCCAGUCCGAGACACCCAAGCUCACAGACUGGUUAGCAGAACACGGUAUAGCCAGUCAUUUUGCUUCGGUAGGUUGGCCGCAGGCAAAUGGACAAGUGGAAGCCUUUAACAAAAUCAUAUCUGAAGGGAUAAAGAAAAAGCUGGAUGAGGCUAAAGGAUUAUGGGCAGAUGAGUUUCCAAAUGUCUUUUGGUCUAUCCGCACCACGACAAAGAACUCUACGGGUGAGACUCCGUUCUUACUGGCCUAUGGGGCUGAAGCGGUUCUACCCAUUGAAAUGUGUGAACCAACUCUCCGAGUUAUAUUGUAUGAUGAGGAUGCUAACUGGGAAAUGAUGAAGGCUGCAUUAGAUUUUAUUCCAGAAGUCAGAGGUAAUGCCGCCCUCAGACAGAAGAUGGAAGCAGUGAGACGAGCUAAAGAGCAGAGAAAGCUGACUCCUACUUGGGAAGUCCCAUAUGAGAUAUAUGAUGCAGUGCGAGAUGGAACCUACCGCAUUCAAGAUAUGCAGGGUCGUCCAAUCCUCCAACCCUAG